AUGCUCCGACGGUAUCUUCGAGAUCCAGAACAUGUCAUCGAUUAUGAGAACUUGGAGGUUCGAGAAGAUCUCACCUACAAAGAACAACCAGUGCAGAUUCUCGAUCAUCGUAAUCAAGUUCUCCGAAAUAAGACCAUACCGUUGGUAAAGGUCUUAUGGCAAAAUCAUCACAUCGAAGAAGCAACGUGGGAAACUGAAGCACAAAUGCGAGCUAAAUACCCGCACCUCUUCGAAGAUAAGUAUGAAUCUCGGAGUGAAUCAGAAAUAAUCUGGGGAGAUAAGUAUGAAUCUCGGAGUGAAUCAGAAAUAAUCUGGGGAGAUAAGUAUGAAUCUCGGAGUGAAUCAGAAAUAAUCUGGGGAGAUAAGUAUGAAUCUCGGAGUGAAUCAGAAAUAAUCUGGGGAGAUAAGUAUGAAUCUCGGAGUGAAUCAGAAAUAAUCUGGGGAGAUAAGUAUGAAUCUCGGAGUGAAUCAGAAAUAAUCUGGGGAGAUAAGUAUGAAUCUCGGAGUGAAUCAGAAAUAAUCUGGGGAGAUAAGUAUGAAUCUCGGAGUGAAUCAGAAAUAAUCUGGGGAGAUAAGUAUGAAUCUCGGAGUGAAUCAGAAAUAAUCUGGGGAGAUAAGUAUGAAUCUCGGAGUGAAUCAGAAAUAAUCUGGGGAGAUAAGUAUGAAUCUCGGAGUGAAUCAGAAAUAAUCUGGGGAGAUAAGUAUGAAUCUCGGAGUGAAUCAGAAAUAAUCUGGGGAGAUAAGUAUGAAUCUCGGAGUGAAUCAGAAAUAAUCUGGGGAGAUAAGUAUGAAUCUCGGAGUGAAUCAGAAAUAAUCUGGGGAGAUAAGUAUGAAUCUCGGAGUGAAUCAGAAAUAAUCUGGGGAGAUAAGUAUGAAUCUCGGAGUGAAUCAGAAAUAAUCUGGGGAGAUAAGUAUGAAUCUCGGAGUGAAUCAGAAAUAAUCUGGGGAGAUAAGUAUGAAUCUCGGAGUGAAUCAGAAAUAAUCUGGGGAGAUAAGUAUGAAUCUCGGAGUGAAUCAGAAAUAAUCUGGGGAGAUAAGUAUGAAUCUCGGAGUGAAUCAGAAAUAAUCUGGGGAGAUAAGUAUGAAUCUCGGAGUGAAUCAGAAAUAAUCUGGGGAGAUAAGUAUGAAUCUCGGAGUGAAUCAGAAAUAAUCUGGGGAGAUAAGUAUGAAUCUCGGAGUGAAUCAGAAAUAAUCUGGGGAGAUAAGUAUGAAUCUCGGAGUGAAUCCGAAACAAUCUGGGGAGGGAUUUGA